AUGCCUGUGGCUAGUAAAGCCCGGGUCUAUGCCGAUGUUACGGCCAAUCGACCUCGGGAAUAUUGGGACUACGAGGCUCACCAGAUUCGAUGGGGUGAUCAAGAGGAUUAUCAGAUUGUAAAAAAGUUGGGCCGGGGUAAAUACAGUGAGGUUUUCGAGGGAAUCAAUGUAACUACCAACGAGAAGUGUGUGAUCAAGGCCUUGAAACCGGUUAAGAAGGCUAAAAUCGCUCGCGAAAUUAAAAUAUUGGAAAACCUACGUGGGUUGACUAAUAUAAUCAUUCUGGAGGCAGUUGUCCGCGAUGUUAAAAGUCGAACUCCUGCACUCAUUUUUGAACAUGUGGAUAACACAGACUUCAAAGAACUGUAUCAGACUCUGAGUGAUCAUGAUAUCCGCUACUAUCUGUUUGAGCUAUUACGUGCACUUGAUGUAUGUCAUAGCAUGGGAAUUAUGCACCGUGAUGUCAAGCCUCACAACAUUCUGAUCAAUCACACCGAAAGACAGCUCCGUCUAAUCGAUUGGGGUCUCGCGGAAUUCUAUCACCCAGGACAAGAAUACAAUGUCCGAGUGGCCUCACGACAUUAUAAAGGGCCUGAAUUGUUGGUGGACUAUCAGAUGUACGAUUAUUCCCUAGACCUAUGGUCUGUAGGAUGCGUAUUUGCUAGCAUGAUUCUAAGACGAGAGCCGUUUUUCCACGGUCACGAUAACUACAAUCAACUCGUGCGUAUUACUAGAGUGCUUGGCACAGACGAGCUGUUCCAGUAUUUGAACAAAUAUGACAUAAAGUUGGACGCGCGUUUUAGUGAGCUGAUAGACCGCCACCCGCGAAAACGCUGGGACCGCUUUGUGCAUCCGGAAAAUCAGCACUUGGUCUGUCCUGAAGCCUUGGAUUUGUUGGACAAACUCCUGCGAUAUGACCAUCAGGAGAGGUUGACAGCACGUGAAGCGAUGGAACAUCCAUAUUUCAAAUCAAUUGUUUUGGAACACGGUGGAUCUAUUCCCGCAUCUGCUCAAAGUAACCAGAAUCACUCAGGAAAUGAUGUCAAGGCGACAGGUUAA